CAGAGAGGAACACUGGAAGUAGAAGUAUUCAGUCAAUCUCCAUUUUAAAGUCAACUGAGUAGAACGAGGACAACAGCAAGUCUGAGGCAGGACUCCAGAAGAUGAAUGAUUUGGAGGAAGAGGAGAACGGAGCUGAGUAUCUAAUAUCCAGCUGUCUGUCUAUGAAGAGUGACUGGUCCAAAGAGUCACCUCUACUCUUCAGUAAUGAACCUGGACCCUCAGGCACAAAACAUAAAGCAGAGUCUUCAGUAUCCAGCUGUCUGUCUAUGAAGAUCGACUGGUCGAAAAGUCAUCCUCCAGAGUUCAGUAAUGAGCCUGGACCCUCAAACACAAAAGAGAGGAAGAAGAGGGGUGUUUCUGUGGAGGAGCAGCUGUCCUACUGUUCUUUGUGUCAGGACGUCCUGAAGGAUCCAGUCUCUACCAGCUGUGGACACUGGUUCUGCAGACAGUGCAUCACCUCAUACUGGGACCAAUCUGCUUCAUCAGGAGACUCCUCCUGUCCCCAAUGUGGAGAAGGAUGCUUCAGCGCUGUACAAACAGAAAAUGGUUUGCAGGAGGUUUUAGAUGAACAUAAGAUCAGUCUGAGGAGGAGAUGUGAAUGUGUGACUGAAGGAACUGAUGAAGCAGGAAGUGAAACUCUCCUCAACAGGAUCUACACUGAGCUCUACAUCACAGAGGGACAGAGUGAAGACGUUAAUACCCAACAUGAGGUGAGGCAGCUUGAAACAGCUUCCAAGAUGAAGACCCUCCAUGACACUCCAAUCAAGUGUCGGGACAUCUUUAAAGAAUUAGCUGAUCAACAGAAACGCAUCCAAGUCGUUCUGACAAAUGGCGUUGCUGGCGUUGGAAAAACCUUCUCAGUGCAGAAGUUCACUCUGGACUGGGCAGAGGGCUCAGAAAACCAAGAUGUCAGUCUGGUGAUUCUGCUUUCGUUCAGGGAGCUGAACUUGAUCAAAGAUGAGCAGUACAGUCUCCUCAUGCUGAUCCAAGUUUUCCAUCCAACAUUACAGAAGAUCACAGCAGAGAAGCUCACUGUCUGUAAAGUUUUGUUCAUCUUUGAUGGCCUGGAUGAAAGCAGACUUUCACUGGAAUUCAACAACAAUGAGGUUGUGUCUGAUGUCACACAGAAGUCAUCAGUCAAUGUGCUGUUGACAAACCUCAUUGAGGGAAAGCUGCUUCCCUCGGCUCUCAUCUGGAUAACUUCCCGACCUGCAGCAGCCAAUCAGAUCCCUCCUAUAUGUGUUGACAGGGUAACAGAAGUACGAGGCUUCACUGACGCCCAGAAGGAGGAGUACUUUAAGAGGAGAUUCAGUGAUGAAGAGCUGUCCAGCAGAAUUAUCUCACACAUUAAGACAUCCAGGAGCCUCCACAUCAUGUGUCUCAUCCCAGUCUUUUGCUGGAUCACUGCUACAGUUAUGGAGCACAUGUUGACUACAAACAAGAGAGGAGAACUGCCCAAGACUCUGACUGACAUGUACUCACACUUCCUGCUGGUUCAGACCAAGAGGAAGAAGCACAAGUAUAAUGUGGGACAUGAGACGCAUCCACAGGAGCUGACAGAGGCUGACAAGGAAGUUCUUCUGAAGCUGGGUAGGCUGGCGUUUGAACAACUGGAGAAAGGAAACAUCAUGUUCUACCAAGAAGACCUAGAGCAGUGUGGUCUUGAUGUCACAGAGGCCUUGGUGUUAUCAGGAGUUUGUACAGAGAUCUUCAGAAGAGAAAGUGUGAUCUUCCAGAAAACAGUCUACUGCUUUGUACAUUUGAGCGUUCAGGAGUUUCUGGCUGCAGUCUACAUGUACCACUGUUACACCAGCAGAAACACAGAGGUAUUGAAGGACUUCCUGGGUAAAAAACACAGUGACUCAUCUCUUGAUGACUUCCUGAUGGGAGCCAUGGAGAAAUCUCUCAAAGGUAAAAAUGGCCACCUGGACCUGUUUGUGCGCUUCCUUCAUGGCCUCUCUCUGGAGUCCAACCAGAGUCUCUUAGGAGGCCUGCUGGGUCAGACAGAGAACAGUCCAGAAAUCAUCCAGAGAGUCACCAAUAACCUUAAGGAGAUGAACAGUAAGGAUAACUCUCCUGACAGAAGCAUCAACAUCUUCCACUGUCUGAUGGAGAUGAAUGACCGCUCAGUACAUCAGGAGAUCCAAGAGUUCCUGAAGUCAGAGAACAGAUCAAAGAAGGAACUCUCUGUGAUCCACUGCUCAGCUCUGGCCUACAUGCUGCAGAUGUCAGAGGAGGUUCUGGAUGAGUUUGACCUGAUGAAGUACAACACAUCAGAGGAGGGACGACUGAGACUGAUCCCAGCCGUGAGGAAUUGCAGAAAGGCUCAACUUUCUGGCUGUGGACUCUCAGAGACUCAUUGUGAAGUUGUGGCCUCAGCUCUGAAGUCCAACCCCUCUCAUCUGAGAGAUCUGGAGCUGAAUCGAAACAAUCUGCAGGGUACAGCAAUAAAGCUUCUUUGUGCUGGACUGGAGAGUCCAAACUGUAAACUGGAGACUCUGAGAUUGAGAUGGUGCAGUUUGUUAGAGAUCAGCUGUGCUUCUCUGGCCUCAGCUCUGAAGUCCAACCCCUCUCAUCUGAGAGAGCUGAGUCUGAGUCACAACAACCUUCAGGAUUCAGGAUUGAAGCUGCUGUGUGAUUUUCUUGAGAGUCCACACUGUGGACUGGAGACUCUGGAAUUGUGGGGCUGCAGUUUGUCAGAGAUCAGCUGUGCUUCUCUGGCCUCAGCUCUGAAGGCCAACUCCUCCCAUCUGAGAGAGCUGGAUCUGAGUGCCAACAAGCUUCAGGAUUCAGGAUUACAGCUGCUGUGUGAUUUUCUGGAGAGUCCACACUGUAGACUGGACACUCUAAGAUUGUGGGGCUGCAGUUUGUCAGAGAUCAGCUGUGCUUCUCUGGUCUCAGCUCUGAAGUCCAACCUCUCCCAUAUGAGAGAGCUAGACCUGGGAGGAAACAACCUGAAGGAUUCAGAUGUGAAGCUGCUGUCUGAUCUUAUGGAGAGUCCACACUGGAGACUGGAGACUCUGAGCUGGAGGUAUUGACCUCUGUAAGAGUGUGAGUGAACAUCCAGGAGUGUGUGUUGAGAGAGGAUCAGCUGUAUCCUGAUGAUCCAUCUGGACCGGAGUCUGGAUCUGGAUUUUGUCAUUUCUUAACUGACUACAAACUGAACAGUUUUCUCUGGAUUUUGUUGAAGUCAGCAUUUUACAAAUGUGUUAUACAUGACUUGUGUGAUGCAGAAAAGAUUUUAAAGAAAAAACAGGUGUUAUAAGUCAGACUUUGAUCCUGGGCCCAUAUUUAUCAAGCGUCUCAGAAUCACACUGAGAGUUAACCGAGGACUAAAACCAAUUUAUGAAGCAGAAGAGAAUUUACUCUGUCAGCAGGAGACAGAUUACUCUUGGGAGCGAGUGAGACGUUUCUGUUUUACCACACUCAGAGCGGCAAUGUAGAAAUAAUGAUGAUGUGUUGUAGUUUUCUCACAGUCUCGGCUGGAAAUAUUUAACAGUGGUAAUUUGGUAUAUUAUGUGUAUAGGCAACCAAGGUUAUGUAACGAAACUAUGAUGCCAAAAUUCAUUAUAAGAUGAUAUUUACAAACUGUAAAGAAAGCCUGAGAAAUAAAUGUGGCCUAUAUGUUAAUUAAGAUAACAGAUAAUUUGACUCAGCUGUGUGAAAUGAUCUUGGUUCAGCCACAUGGUUUCACAGCCUGUAAUAGUGCUGCAUCUUGCACAUAUUGCACAGACACAUGUUGCAAACCCUCCUCGUGAAGAACAUCUUCUCUUCCACUGUCCAAUUCCUCUUUCAACUGCAGCCCAAGUUAACUUCCAUUCUCUACAUGAAGGUAAAUACACCGUAACAAUAGAAACAUAUAUUGUUAAGGUGCAUCAUCCUCUCUCAAAUAUCAGGCUGUAGCUCUGCUGUUAUUUGAAGUAGUCUUAAUAUAAAAUAACCAUAUAAAAUAUUUGACCUAUUAUAAUUAAGUUGAGAUAUCCUUCAUUAUGCAGCUGACAUGAUUGUGUUGAAAGAAAAGUUUUAGUGGGCUGUAACUGAGGACCCUCGUCAUGCUCAUUAUCUUCACGACGUGCAUUACACCAGAUCAAAGUUUGAUUCAUGACUUCCAUCAUUGUCACUUCUGACAGAAUCGUCACUGUUGCACAGCUGCAUUUUCCCCAUUUCAAAAAAGUGUAACAUUUUGAAGAUCUGCCUGAACUCCAUCUCCUGCAGCUCCUAAAUGUUGGCAGAGAUAGGAAUCAUUUACCAAGUUUGGAAAGUUGAAAAAAACACUUUUUCUCCUAAAAGUAGGACCAGAGAUGCGUCACUCUGAUCAUUUCUGGCCAGUUAGGAGUGAUUUCCUGCUCUGAGACACUUGAUAAAUACGGGCCCAGAUGUGAUUGGAUUGGAUGUCCACAAAUUUCAUUCGGUUAAAUUCUAAAAGAAUUUAUCAUUGGUCCAGAAAACCUGCAUGCAGGUCAAAUCAUAUCUUGGUUCAUCAAGCCUGUGGUGAAAAACUUUGUAUGUUUUGAUUCCAGUCUUAGUUUUGAUGAUUAUAUCAGCAGCUCGUCCAGUCCUGUUUUCACCAUUAAAACAUUAAAAUAAUAUAUAUAAAACUAGCGCAGAACACUGCUGCUGUCAGACUUUGAACUAAAACCAGGAAAAGAGAUCAUAUUACUCCAUUUCUGUUAUCACUUCACUGGUUACCUAUUUGUUUUAGGAUUGAUUGUAAAGAUUUAAUUGAUUACUUUUAAAGGCUCUUCAUGGCUCCAGAUUACAUUUCAGAGUUGCUCUGUGUGCAAAUAUUAAAGCUAUAGGUAUCUAGCUUUUAUAUGCAAAAUUAUGAUGUCAAAAUGAAUAGUUUAUAUCUCAUAAUGACAUUUAACAAGUCAUUUGCAAUAGGCUUUAAGUAAACACUGGUCAACCAAUCAGGUGGCUUUAACAAUAACUAUAUAAUUUAAACUUGUAGGUGAGAUCAUGUGAUCCAGCUGUGUGAUCCAGCCCUAUCCAAUCUCAUCCUUUACAUCUUUUUUUCUGCAUGUGCAGCAUCUUGCAUGUAUUGUACAACACUGCACACAGCAAUAACAAUGCAAAUGGACUGUGGGCACAACUUGAUUAAAAACAUGAAAUUUAUCUUCUCCACUGCCCCACUCAUCUCCAGCUAAACCUCCUGUUGACUUAUGUGUCCUUACUGCUCUUUUAAAUAUAUCUCUGCCAUCAGUAGUUUAAAACUAAUGAAUCAUUAAAUAAAUAAAGCCGCCAUUUGUAUGAAUGCAGCCUGUUUUUUUUAUAACUUCACAUUGAAUGGUGGGAAAUGAAUUAGUGCUGAUUAUCAGCACAGAUAAAUAUGGGUCCUGGUCUUUGCUGUCAGGGCUCUGAAUCAACCUGUUUGAGGAGCUCAGUCUUAUAAGUCAACAUCUUCCUUUAAAUCACUUCUUCAAACUCAUUUUUAUCCACUGAUCUACCAAUGGUUUUUGUUUUAUAUGCUGUACAUCUUAAAUUUGAAUCUUAUGUGUGUUUUAUUGGUUUAUUUUCUUCCUGUAUGUGUGUCUUAGUUUUAUGUAAAGCAUUCUGUAAUGUUGGUUUUCAGAAGUUUUAUAGACAUCUGAAGGGAGGGUGGUGGGAUGAUGGUGGUGGUAAACAAAGACCAAAUUCUAACUGCAGAAACAUCUGUGGAAAUAAAUGAACUUGCAGCAUUUUUAUCGUGUGUCAAGCUUCAGCUUCAUGUAUAACAUCUAUUUUUAUUGUAGUUAUAUUUUCUGUCUUUGUGUAUAAAUGAGCCAUAAUUGAUUGAAUCUGUGUUCUUUGUUUUGAACUCACUAAAAGGCUUUAGCUUAUGCUAGUUUAGCAACUGGAAUUCAUUAAUUGGAAGUACACCAAUUGAACACUGUCUUUAUUUGACCUAUAAAGUAGUGCUAAAGUA